UAAAGCGAUGGGUCAUUAUGGAGCCCCAAUAUGGAGUCGGGCAUAUGCUAGUGGGCGUCGGUUGUGUGAAGGCCUGUAACCCACGAGCCAGGCCCAUACAUUCGUCAAGGAUACCGCCAUUUUUUCCCUUCGUUUUGUUUGUUGACGCUUCAGAUUUGCAAACGGAAGAGAAGCUCUGUGAGGUGUUGGGCGAGAGGAGGUGAAAGUCAGGCUCCGAUUGGACCAGACGCAAGCGACCAUGAAAUCCAACGCGUGGGUUCUAUUGUUAUUAGUGAUCUACUUCGGCGUCGUCGAUUGCAUUGAUGAUAAAUGCGCCGCCUGCAAUGCUGUUGCCGAGGAGAUAGAACGUGGACUUUCCAAUGAAAAACCGAGGAAUCAUUUAGAUAUGAGACAUCGGUUGGAUUCUAAAGGUCAGCGUAAAGGGAAGGUAAUUGAUUACAGGGUCAGUGAGCUACGAGUUGUCGAACUCCUGGAUGGGCUUUGUGAAAACAUGCAAGAUUACACGAUUGAUAAGACAGAUUCAACUGGACAACAGUGGAUCAAGGUGGAUAACUGGGACAACCUACCAAAUAAACAAGAAGCUCGGGCCUAUUCAAAAGACAUAUCAACUUAUUGUGGAAGGUUAUUAGAGGAAGCAGAAGAUGAUUUGGCAGAGUUGAUUAAGAAAGGAUCUAUCAGAGCAGGUAACGUUAGCAAAGUCCUAUGCCAUGAUUUGAGCAGACAUUGCAGCAAGGCGAGCGGUGCUCAGCUGAAUGACAAUGAUGACGAAGCAGAUGGAGAAUUAUGAAAUAUUCUUAAGAUAGGCUCGAGAGCGAAGCUAUAAACCAGUUGCUCUUUCCCAUAAGCCACAUACUUGGAAUGGCCAUGUCACUGUCAAAGUUUUUACAGUGGCAUCCAAUCUGCACCCUUCAUUGAAAUUCUCGUGUGGUUACUAUGCAGCCCUUUGGCUAAUGUGAACUUGUAAUCUUUGUCUCUUAUAGUUCUCAUGGAGUGCUUCAUGAAAGGUGAUUUGACAAACAAGCAAAAUUGUCGAAAGCAAUUGGAAUUGACCACAA